AUGGCUGAUUCUACAUUCUCCAACAGAGAAAAAAACAAGCAAUUUGAUCAAGAAAUCAGAGAGAUGAUCUCUGCCCUCACGGGCCGCCUUACCACUCUGCAACAUAAUGCUCAGAAGGUAGGGGACUCGAGCCAGAACAAGGAUCGGGACGAGGAUGACAUCCAUGGCACGAGGAUCGUCACUCUAGCCGGGAACAACAUGGGAGCCAGCAUGCGAGGCGAGAUGGAUGAGAAAGCAGGCCUCGAGGGAGACAGCGAGGCGCUGAAAACAUACGUUAACAGCAAUUUCCAAGCUGUCAACAACUCCAUCAUGCUCGGGGGAAGCUAUUCCACCAACGAUCCCGGGGUGCACAUGGAAGUCGUGGACAAUAUCGAGCCCCAAUCGCAGCCCGGGAAGAGGAAGAAGAAGGGCAAGAAGAAAGAGAAGGACAGCUCCACAAGUGACCACAAGAAUGACUAUUCAGACUAA